AUGGCCGUCCCGGAAAAUGAAGAUAUCUUUCCCACGAAGAUGGGGCCCGAAUACGUCGGCUUCGAUCACAUCCAUUGGUACGUCGGCAACCCCAAACAAGCCGCUUCGUACUGGAUCACUCGCAUGGGCUUCCGCCCCAUUGCAUACCGCGGCCCGGAAACCGGCUCUCCCUAUCUCGUGAGCUAUGUUGUAGCCAACAGCGGCGCUACUUUCGUUCUCACGGGGCCAGUUUGUGGCCCGCCGAACGAAGGCUCAGACGACGGUCUCUUGCGCCAGGCUUCGAAUUAUGAGCGGACGACGUUGGCUGAGAUCCAUAAACACUUGACCAUACACGGCGAUGGAGUGAAGGAUGUCGCAUUCAGGAUCGCGGGCGAUAUACAAGCUGUGUGGAAGCGGGCUGUUGGGAACGGUGCUCGCGCCAUCGCCGAACCGCGGACGUCUGCUGUCGAGGGGCAUGGAUGGAUCGUCUCUGCAACUGUUGGGACGUACGGGGAUACCGUACAUUCUCUGGUGAAUCGUGAGCGGUAUUCGGCAGGCGCUCCCUUCUUGCCUGGGUAUCGAUUGGUUGAUAGUGAAGAUCCGAUCACACAGCUUCUGCCGCCCAUCAACCUUCUUGAGAUUGACCACUGUGUCGGGAAUCAGUCGUGGGGAGGAGUGGACAGCAUUGUCCAAUAUUAUGAGGAAUGCCUCGACUUCCAUCGCUACUGGACAGUCGACGAUAAAGACAUGUGCAGCGAGUACUCGGCGAUGCGAUCGAUUGUCAUCGCUUCACCAAACGAAACCAUCAAGAUGCCUAUGAACGAGCCCGCAACCGGCAAGAAGAAAUCACAGAUUGAAGAAUUCGUCGACUACUACCACGGCGCCGGAGUGCAACACAUAGCCUUCCGCACGCACGACAUCGUCGCUGCCGUAACUGGGCUCCAAGCGCGCGGUGUCCAGUUCCUCAAUGUACCAGCUACAUACUAUGCGGGUCUGCGGAAACGCCUAACACAGGUGUCCUGGACGCUGGGAGCCGAUGUAGACGUGCUCGAGCGGCUGAAUAUCUUGGUUGAUUUCGACCAGCGCGGAUACCUGCUUCAGAUCUUCUCCAAGCAUGUCGGGGAUAGGCCGACGGUGUUUAUAGAGGUCAUACAGCGGAAUUCGUUUGAUGGGUUUGGGGCUGGGAAUUUCAAGAGUUUGUUCGAGGCUUUUGAGAGGGAGCAGGCUCUGCGUGGGAAUCUGUGAUCACCGGUGGUUCCUUUUUGGGUCUUAAGAGCAUGGAAUGCUUGAAUUGGUAUGGGAGAGGAGCACCAUG